CCAUUUUAAAAUAGAAAGUUAAGAAAUAAAUAAAUUAGGAAUGGAAAUUGAUAUACAAGAUAGAAAAAGUGAAUUAGAGGGCUUAAAUAUAUUUAUAACUCAUAUUUCUUCAAAGUUAAAAACAAUAAUUGAUAAUUUAGGUUGGAGUGAAGAAUAUUUAAACAAAAAACCAGAUAAUUUAAAAGUGUGCAAUAUUGAUAAAAGUCAUCGAAAUAUUCCAAAACAUAAAAUUCAUGAACAUGUUGAAAAUUGUAUAUGGAAAAAAGAGGGAUAUUUGGAGGAUGAAUUGCCAUUUUCUGAACCGAACCAUUCCAAAGCAACAAUUAUUUUAGAUAAGGAUGUUCAAGAAAAGAUUAUUAAUGAAGCUGCUAGCAAAGAUCCAACAUUUAUCACAGGUAAAUCACGUGAUGUUCGUCUUCUACCACGGUCUUCCAAUCGGAUGAUAGCAGAUUACACAGCGGAUGAACGACUUGCACUUUAUGAUUAUGCAGUAUUGAAAACAAAAUCCAAUAUUGAAAAAGUUGGUGAUAUUAAUGUUACACUUCCAACAACUUCUGAAUCGACAUUACGAAACAAAACAAUAUUCGAAUUACUGGCUGAAGAACGUGAUGCAAAACGACGUCGUACCAAAUACAAAAGUGUCCAUACAAAUCGGAAAAGUCAAACAGAAAUAUUACGGGAAGUAAUCGAAAAUCAAAUGGAAAUGCUUUGUGAUUAUAUAAAAACAGAAGAGCAGCCAGAGAAAACUGUUGAGAAACAAAAUAAAUAUCAAGAACCACCAUAUAUUAAAAAAGAAAUUCGGAAAAGUAGUGAUCGCGAAACGGUACGUUCACUAGACAGUGAAAAAUAUUCAAGACGUAGUGACGAAAGUGCUACAAGUCGAAAAUCACGAAGUGAAAAAUAUAAAAGUGGCAGUACAAGUAAAUAUUUAAGUAAAUAUGAAGAAAAAUUAAGUAAACACGAAGAGAAAAUUAGUAAAUUUGAAAAGAAAAUUAGUAAAUAUGAUGAAGAAAUUAGUAGGUACGAUGAAAAAGUGAGUAAAUAUGAUGAAAAAUUGAGACGUUAUGAAGAGGAGAAAAAACGUCGUCACAGAGAGUUUAAAGAUAGAUCUCCAAUUCGAGAGUAUAUUGCAGAACCUAAACGUGUGUAUGAACAUGAGUUUGUCGAUGAUUAUGAUCAUAAAUUCAAAGAAUUCGAUAGAAAAGAGUACAAUCGGUAUAGAGAAAAACGUUCAGAUGAAGAAUAUCAACGAAAACAUUUUAGUUCUAGAAGUCGUGAUAAACAUAAACAUUAUAGUCGUCGAUAGUUUUUCUAAUUUUCCAGUUAAUUAAUAUAAGAGAUUGCAAAGUGACAAAAACACAGCGAAAUUCUAUUUUUUGUGAAAAAAGUUCAAAUGAUUGUUGAUUUGCCAUAACAAGUUUUAUUAAUCUGAGUCGAAAGAUAGUUUUGGUCGAUGUGGAAGUGUAUUUUUAAAUAAUUUCUUUCGUCAGUUUACUAAAUUAUUCUGUUUUCUUUGUCAUUAUUAUUUUACAUAUUAAACGUUUAUAAAACAA